AGAUACGGAGAUUUUUGCUAUGCAUAUAAAUACAGAUAGAUACGUAGCAAAAUUUUUGUACGUACCUAGGAAAUUUUAGUUAAAAUGAUCUACAUUUUCACUAGAAGGGAUUACCGUUUAUCCACAAUCACUAUUGGAGGCAAACUUGCAUGGCUGUGCAGUGCCAUGCAGGCAAUGGCUACAACGGCCAUCGCUUGAGGUGGAGAAGAAAGACCUGACGCCGCCGGAGGUGGGGAAGGAGGUUAAAAUGAAAUCUCCAGUUGGACGUGCGUUUCGCGUGAUGAAUUGAGUCGCGGACCCGACUUGGGUUUGGUUCCCAAUAAACCACCCCACGUCGGACUCCGGACCCCUCCACGUUUGUCGUGUCCGCCUCCUCCCCGCGCCACGCGUCGAGACUCCCCUCCGCCAUGCCGCCGUCGCCGUCCGCCGCCUCCCGCCACAGCCUCGCCUCCUACAGCGACACCCUCGCCGACUUCCUCGAUCAGUGGAACUCCGUCAUCCUCGAUGUCGCCUCCAUCGCCGCCACCUUCGCCGUCCUCUUCCCCAGCCCCGAAUCACACCCUAAACCCCUUCCCGCCGCCGAGACCCAGCACAAUCCCGCGCCGGAACCGGCGGAGAGGGAGCCCAGCCCCGCGCCGUUACCGGAGAGGGUGCCCGAGCCCAAUCUCCCGGGGGAGCCCCAAGGCCCCGAACCCAAUGCCGUACCCUCGCCGGAGCGGGAGCGGGAGCUCAGUCCCUCGCCGGAGCAAGAGCGGGAGCCCAGUCCUUCGCCGGAGCAGGAGCGGCAGCCCAGUCUCGCACCAGAGCCGGAGCCGAAGCCCAACCCCAAGCCCGCACCCGAGCCCGAGCCCGAGCCCGUGCCCAGGCCCGCACCCAACCCCGUCCGCGCACGCAAGGACGGCGACCCAUCGGCGGCGGAGCUGGAGCUCAGGUGCAAGCAGAUGAACUUCAGGGAGCUCCGCCGCUUCGUCACCGCCCACGUGCGGGACCGCGAGUGGCUGCGCAAGGUGGGGCCGGCCGCGCUGCGCCGCGCCGAGGACCCCGCCUCGCUCGUGCUCCGCGCCGUCGGCCGCUACUACAUCAGCGCCGAGAGCGGCGACGCGGAGGCCGCGUGCAUGCUCCUCCUCGAGCUCUACGUGCGCGCCGGGUGCCCACGCCCCCCGGGGCAGGGCCACGGCGAGGCGGCGGAGCUGCGGCAGGAGGCGCGCGAGGCGGCGCUCACGUGGCGCAGCCGCCUUCUGCGCGUCAGCGGCCGGGUCGGCGACGCCGGUGCUAGGGGAGCCCGCGGCCUCGCUUUCUUCAUGGCCGCCUUCGGCGUGCCCGUCGAGUUCCCGGCGCAGGAGCUGUACGAGCUGUUGGUUGCUGCCGACAUCUCGGCCUGCACCAAGGUGCUCAAAUUCUCCAAGCACUUUGUGAAGAAGAUGCGGGAUGUUGUCGUCGAAAUGAUAAAUAAGGAUAUGCAUCUUCAGGCAAUACGCAUUAUCCUCGCAUUUGAACUUCAGAAUGCUUUCCCCGUUGAGUCAACACUCACUCACAUCAUGGAGAAACUUGACCAUGAUAGGAAAGAUGAAAGUGAGGGGCAGGCAUUGGCGCGUGACGAGGAAGAGUUAACUCUUUUGAGGUCCAUUUCCAAAUGCAUGGAGAAUCACAAAUUAUGCCCCUCAGAAUUUCCUAAUUUUGCUGAGAGGAUUGCGUUGUUAGAAGAGCGUGUUGGGAAGCCAAAACAAGCCUUCGCGGGAAUAAAGCGGAAGAGAACAAUAGAAGAGGACUGUGUCGAGUAGAAUGCAUACUAGUGGGUUUAGCGUUUAGCUGCUUGUAAUGCGCAUCAGCUAAUUCUCUUCAUACCAGAUAGAAUCAGCAUCAGGUGCACAUAACGAUCCUAAAAUCACUGGAUCAAAUAGUUUUAGACCUCCAAAUUACAUGUGGACUAACCAGCAUGUUGUAGGCAUGUAGGAAGUCUUCCUGUUAUCCUUAACUGGUGAACUCCACAAGGACAGAUCAUAUGCGGUUCAUGAGGCCAUUUAAAUCAUGGAACCUAGUAAGACACAAAGAAGGUUAUGUUGUUUUGGCUAAACAUGCUUAUGAUAAGCUUGACCUAUUUUGCUAUUUCCCUAGGUAAGUAAACCCACCUAUUUUAGGUUGUUUGUUGUAGACAGAUUUAAUUUGACUUGGGUUUAAAUCGAGCAUCAUCCUUGUUUUCCUUAUGAAUAUCAGUUUGAGUAUCAAAGAAUGAUCAAUUUGACCUGGCCUGAUAUAAAUACAUCAUAAAUGGUUUAUUCUAGCUGUUUGGUUUAUUUCUUAUCAUUUAUUCAAUAUUACUGUUGGCAUAGUUACAUGUUCUAGCAUUUUUAUUAAAUUCAACGGGGCUCCGAUGACUCAAAUCAUACUGUUUAAGUAGCGUUUGAAAUAAUGUGAAGCACCUUUUCCCAUGGGAGCAUGCUAUGCAUAAGUCCUGAAGUAUCACCAAAACUCUUAAGAGCAGUCCCAAUGGGAGAAACCAACCUAGUUUCCAUAGUCUAGGAUAUUGUAUUAAGAAAUCAUCCUUCACAAUGCAACUUUUUUAUCUAGAGUCUAAACAAAAAUUCAACCAAUCAUUCUCCCUUCUAGUACCAGAUCCUCUGUGCAUCAUGUAAAGGAGCUCGAGUGAUGGGUAGCAGCGGUGCAAGCGCAAAGGAUCUGGCAAUAAGUAAGAAGAAACUACUUGGGUCUCCCCAAUGCAGAUUCGCUAGUUUCUUGGCUCAUUGGGAUUUCCUCUCUAAGAAAUGGUUUCUCUCUCUCCAUAAUAAAUCUACUGCCACAUCAGCAAAUUGCUUAGUUGGCAUGACAAUUAAGAGGGAUAGAAACUACCAUCAAUGUCCCAUUGGGACUGCCCUAAACCGGACACAACAUCUUUGGUUUCCGUGUCCUAUUUAGCUUAAUGCAUCGGGAAAA